GUGACGCUGCCCUUGGGCUCCCACGCGAUGGCGAAUUACGACGACAAGCGCAGGAAGGGGCUUCGAGCAUCUGCUUCAAGCGCGCAGGAGGAGAAGACACAGGAAGCGAAGAUGCGCGCCUACUGCAGCAUCGGCGCCUACUUCGGCAGCUUUCAUGGAGGCUGCAAGGAGAAGGUUCUCAAUGACAUGGCGAGCUGGGCCCCAAAGUUGUUCGAGAUCGCCGAAGACGUCAUCAAGCAUAACGAGAAGGCCCUGGUCCUCUGCUCCAGGCGGUCCGGCCUGGCAGCGCUGACGUGCCACUUGAAGCGGGUGUGCGCGCAGCGAG